AUGCUCAAAGAGCACCUUGCAAAGCGCUGUCGUUCCUGGAAGCGACAUAUUGCAGCCGAUGGCGAACCCGUAGAUUUACCCCUCCAUAUACUGGAUUUGAUCGAGAAUAACAAGUACGCACCAGAACCCCGCACCAAGUUCCAAUCGCUUUUGACGGUGAAGGGUGGAGAUCGAAUUACUUCAAUGGAUCUUGGUCAGAGCCCAAAAUUCUUUGCGAAAGGCUACCAAGGUCGCGAGUUUUUUGUGACCGAACAGAUGAUGAAGCUAUGGAAUGAGCUCGAGAACAGUGAGUGGUCUGUCCAGAAGUGUUUAUCGGGUCCAAUGGGCGUCGGUAAAUCAUACAUUUCAUGGUUCCUUGUGGCCAAGGCAUACGCACAUGGUUGGCCAGUGCUUUAUAUUGCCGAUGCUAGUAAGCUUAGCAAUUGUGACACUAAAACUGCCGCAUCAAAGCUGAUCUGUCAAAUCUUCUUAUCCAUCAACAAAGAUAUUUUGACAGCCUCAGAGCUCAAAGAAAUGGUCGCAAUUGAAACAUCGAAGGAUCCUUAUGUGAAUAGCGCCACCUGUAUCUUUGCUGAACUACUCCAGUCAAGAAGUCAAAAGGCAUUAUUUGUCGUGGAUGAGCAUGGUGCACUAUUUCCAGAAAGUACUCUAGUCGAUGUGUUUCUGCAAAGCAAGGAUUAUACAGGACCGCCACUUGAUUGGCGAUUCUACCAUUUUGGAAUAAUGUAUGAGUAUCGGAACAAGGGCAGGAGUAUGAUUAUGAAGCGCCCAAUUACACCAGCAUCUGAGGCGGCACUUUUGGGACUAUACAGGCUAUGUCCACUCCCCAACGACUACAUAUGUGCCGCAAGGCAGAAUAUCUUGCAACCUGCACAAUUUUCCGAUGUUUUCUUUCAGAAGCUUAUCAAGCAAAACAACAUAAUCUUCAAGUCGACUAACCUCGCUGGGAAGGAGGAACAACUUUUAGAGCUGAGAGUCGAUGGCUUUGAACAUCUUCAAGAUCCACCUAAAAGAUUUGGCGAUGAGGGCAAGAAUAUCUUGAUACAUGGAGGCGAACUACCUCGAUUCGAUUUUAUACUUGGCUACACUUUUAUUCAAGUUUCGAUUUCUAAUUUUCAAAAACACAACGAGGGCACUGCAGCAAUUGAUUUGGCAUUUACAGAUCGGAAAUAUUCUAAUGGCAGAAACCAAAUCGAGUAUUUCCUAGACUACACAUACGGCGGAACUCACAGAGCAGAAAUGGAAAUAACAGAGGUGACCAAAAAGACCCAAGCUAAGAAUACUGGCGAAGGAAAAUCAGUAAUCGAUAAAAGGGACUUCAAAGUAACGAGAGAUGGUGUGCUGUGUCCGGACUUUAUGAUUUUGUAUAUUCGCGGGAAAAAUGACUUUGAUGACAAAGGCAACGAAGUACAUAGACCCAAUCACACUGGUAAAGUCCAGGAGUAUCCCCAGAUAAGACAUGUUUGUUGGGACGAAGCUAAAAGGAGCUUAUUUGGUGAUUCACUUUAA